AUGUAUGCGCGGUACGUGCCUUCAGCAGGCAGCCAGACUGCUCCAACCAGCUCCGACGCUCAGUCCACUCGCUAUAUCCCGGGCCAAACGAAUCCACCUGCGAAAGACGAGUCGAACUCGAAAAAGUCGAAGAGGAAAAGGACUGGCGCAGAUGCCACAGGCGAAUCUAUAGACAGAAAGUCGAAAAAGUCCAAAACCGCGGACCGAGAACCCGACGAAGAGACGAAAACCGUGAAAUCGAAAAAGCACAAGAAGGACAAGACGAAGAAGAAACGGUCGGACGAGGACGAGGAACAUGAUGCCCAAAUAGACAAGACUGUCGACGGUGAUGGCGAUGUGACUAUCACUUGCACAGAAGCUGUCGUAGCCCCCGAAAAGAAGAAGGCCAAGCGCGAAAAGAAGAAGCGAACCGAAGAGCUACCUGCCGAGGAUGACGACGACGACCAAAAUGGAAGACACAAAUCUGUUCUUGAGCAAAUGGCCAAGUCGUUGAAAAUGGCGAGCGAAGCUGCGGCAAACCAGACUGCUGAGGAGCCCGAGGAGGAAGUCGAACAGCACGGCCUGGAACCCCUGCCCCAGCCCGAACAGCCUGAGGAGGCAGACGCAAAACCCACGUAUGAUACCCUGCCAUCAUGGCUAGCGGCUCCCAUCCGCGUGUCGCAAUCGACGCGAACCAGUUUUGCGGACGUGGGAAUCCCUGCCAAGGUGGCCGAGGUAUUACAGAACAAGGGCUACGCCGAGGCGUUUGCUGUCCAAACUGCUGCGAUUCCCUUAUUGCUACCGAACAACAAAGGGUUGCCCGGCGAUUUGUUAAUAUCUGCGGCGACCGGAUCUGGAAAAACGCUAGCCUAUGCACUACCCAUUGUCAACGAUAUCAGCCAAGGUGUGGUCACGAGGUUGCGGGCACUGGUGGUUUUGCCCACUCGAGAACUCGUGCGACAGGCGCAAGAAGUGUUUGAGCUCUGCGCCAAAGCAUACGAAGGAAGCGACCGGAAGCGCGUGCGCAUAGGUAUCUCGGUCGGUAGCCAGCAGCUAAAAACGGAGCAAGAGAGCUUGAUUGAGCGAGAGUCGAGAUACGAUCCGGAGACAUACAAGGAUAUACUACAACAGAACCUCAAGGUAAAAGGCUUGCCCACGUCAGCGGACAUCGAUAUCGACGACGAAGACAGAGACCCGAGACUAGGCCCUUGGGAUGGCGAGGUCAUCGAUUUCGCCUCGACGGUGGACGUGCUCAUCUGCACGCCCGGUCGUCUCGUGGAGCACAUGGAGCAGACGCCUGGAUUCGACCUCGACUAUGUGCGGUGGCUGGUCGUCGACGAGGCUGAUAAGCUGCUCGCGCAGAGUUUCCAGGGCUGGCUGGACACGCUCAUGGCCCGGUUCCGGGCGUCAUCGCACUACGGCGCCCGCGACUUCCCCGGCAUGGCGUACGGCAGCGUGCGCAAGGUGGUCCUCUCGGCGACGCUGACGCGCGACCUGAGCCUACUGGGCCAGCUGGCGCUGCGUCGACCGCAACUCAUUGUGCUGGAUGCCGACGACGACAAGACCGGCGAGGCGCAGGUCUCGGAGCACACGCUGCCGGAGCAGCUCCGCGAGUGGGCGACCCGCGUGCAUGAUGCCAAUCUCAAGCCGCUAUACCUAUUGGAGCUCUUGCGUGGAGGCCUGAUGACGGCGCAGGAGCCGGAGGCGGCGCCUACGAAAACGGUUGCUGCCAAAUCGGCGCCGGACGCUUCGGACAAGAGCUCAGACACGUCCAGCUCGGACUCGGAUUCGUCGUCUGAUAGCAGCUCCGACUCCGACUCCGACCCCGACACCUCUGAUUCAGAUUCUGACACAAGCUCAGACUCCGAUUCCGAUUCCGACUCGGACUCUGACUCCCCCACCGCCCCCGCGCCUAGGAAAGCCACCACGUCGCUCCCCAUGGCCCUCAUCUUCACCAAGUCCAACGAGUCCGCUCUUCGACUGUCUCGCCUCCUCGCACUCCUCGACCCGUCGUUGGCCGCGCACGUCGGCACCGCGCUCACGUCGAUGACCGCAACGGCGCAGCGCCGGCGCACCCUGCGCGCGCUCGCCGACCCCUUGUCGCCGGUGCGGCUUGUCGUCGCGUCGGAUCUGGUCGCGCGCGGCAUCGACAUCCCCGGCCUGCCGCACGUCGUCAACUACGACCUGCCGCCGAGCCUGGCCGCGUACGUGCACCGCGUCGGGCGCACCGCGCGCGCCGGGCGGGACGGUCGCGCGUGGACGCUCGUGGCCGACGGCGAGAGCGGCUGGUUCUGGGGCAAGAUCGCCAAGGGCGCCGGCGUGCGCCGCGCGCACAAGGUGGAGCGCGCGCGCGUCGAGGAGAUGUCCGAGGAGCGCGUGCGCGAGUACGAGGCGGCGCUGGAGGCGCUGGGCAAGGAAGCGCACGAUCGGCGCAAGAGGUAG